AUGGCUGCCAGUUUUGGGGAGAAUUUGCUAAAGGAGAUCCACGAGGAAGGGCUAGAUGAGAUCUUCUGCGAUUUGCGAACUCUACUGGGACCAUCCCCACGAUUAGGAGCAGAUGCGCUGGAUGGCUUAGUUGAGGUCUUUAUGCCUGUUGGUCCUGUCCCCGCUGUGGAAAGGACGGUUCCUGUUGGCCAGGAUGAACAGGAGGAAGUACAGCCAGAGGCUCUAUCCAAGAAGCGCCAUGAUCCCGUCGUGGAAAUCUCCAGCGCCUCGUCGGCAGCGGGGAAGUCCCAGAUCUUGUACUAUCUGACUGCGAUGGCAGUCUUGCCAUCGACGUUCAACGGCGCGUCUCUAGGUGGAUGCACCGCUGCCGUCGUCUACAUCGACACGGACGGCCGGUUUGAUGCUGAACGGCUACAAAGCGUAGCCAGAGGUAUUGUUAAGCAGAAAGCCGGUCAGUCAGAUCACACUGGCAUAGAAACAACUAUUGCAACCACCCUACAGCACGUCCACGUGUUCCGACCCCAGUCAUCCUGCUCGCUCCUCGCUACCUUACAAACGCUAGACACCUACCUGCUGGACCUCACACGCCACCACUCCGCUCCCCGACCCCUGCACGCGAUCUUCCUCGACAGCGCAAGCGCCUUCUUCUGGCCAGACCGGCUGCGCGACGAGGUCGCCCGCAUCGAGGACAUCGGCCGGCCGUACGCGGAGCUCGAGCGCGAGCGACGCAUGCAGCAGAGCUUCCAUAUCUCCGACCUCUACGCUGCACUCGUUGCUGAGCUCAGGCGUCUGCAGCGACGGUUUGGUUGUACGGUCGUGUACACCACUACGGUUACUACAGGGCGGCCGCCUGCGUCUAAUCCAGCGUCUGGCCCAUUCGACCUGUACAACCCGGGAGAAGAACGGAGCCGUAGUCGUGUCCGCGCACCGUCGCUGCGGCCCCUGCUUCCAGGAUGGGGUGCGUUUCCGACGCUGCGACUGGUCGUUGGUCGGGAGGCCGUCCGGGCCUUUCCAUCGGGGACGACAGUGCACGGGGCGCAGCGGGCCGCAGACGCACGACAGGACGCGGUCCGACGGGGCCAGUUCUGGGCGAGGGCUAACGCAUGGGGAGAGGAGGAUUGGCCGCAGCGGGUGGUGGAGCGGAUCCAGCAGAAAGGGGGAUUUUCCUUCACGAUCACCGAGGGAGUCGUCACGAUUUAA